UUGAUUUUUUUUUCAUUUCAGUCCAUCGGUUAUUGGGCAGCUAGGAGCAAGGAAAGAAAAUUUUGACUUUAAAAUACUAUUGUAUUUUUAAAAAUUCUUGGCUAGAAACAAUGUUAUCUAUUAAAAGACACUCAUUGAAGAUUAUUAAUAUCAAUAAAUAUAUCAGCAAAGUUCAUGAAAAUCAAACAAAUUGCAAAACAAAUUUCUUGUAUAAAUUUUCAUAAUUACCUAGUAUUUUAUUAACACAAAAAUAGUCCUACUUUCAUUAUGAGGGAAAUCGUUCAUCUGCAAAUUGGGCAAAGUGGAAACCAAAUAGGAACAAAGGUUUGUUCAUUAGCUUUCCUACAAAUAUACCUGCUUGCUACAACAGCAUUUAUUACUUUUCAGUUCUGGGAACUAUUAUCUGAUGAACAUGCCAUUGAUCCUAAUGGACAUUAUUAUGGUGAUUCACCUUUGCAGUUGGAAAGAAUAAAUGUGUACUUCAAUCAAGGAUUAGGUUGCAAAUAUGUUCCAAGAGCAGUUUUGAUUGAUUUGGAACCGGGUGUUUUGGACUCGAUCAGAGGCCGAGAGAUUGGUCCGUUAUUUAGGCCUGAUAACUUUAUCGCUGGAUUAACUGGAGCUGGUAAUAAUUGGGCUAAAGGGCACUAUACCGACGGUUCAGAAUUAGCUGAUGCUGCUCUAGAAGUAGCAAGGAAAGAAGCUGAAGGAGCAGAAUGUCUGCAAGGAUUUCAAGUGGUUCAUUCUAUCGGAGGUGGAACAGGAUCUGGAAUGGGAACAUUACUGAUCAAUAAAAUCAGAGAAGAGUUUCCUGACCGAAUUUUAAAUUCGCAUACGGUUAUACCAUCGCCAAAGGUAUCCGAUGUGGUAGUCGAACCAUACAACGCUACAUUAUCCGUCGACCAGCUUGUUGAAAGUACAGAUGCAACUUUCUGCAUUGAUAACGAAGCUCUUUUCGAUAUCUGUACGAGAACUCUAAAACUAUCCAAACCAGUAUACAGCGAUUUGAAUCACCUAAUAUCGUUCACAUUAUCCGGUAUCACCACCAGCUUCCGAUACCCCGGUCAGCUGAAUUCAGAUUUAAGGAAGUUAGCUGUCAACAUGGUACCGUUUCCUCGACUGCAUUUUUUCGUACCUGGAUUCGCUCCUUUGACUGCCAAAGAAGUCCAAGAUUACAGAGCGAUGACUGUGAAUGAGUUGACUAUGCAGGCUUUCGAUAUGAAAAACAUGAUGACCGCUUGCGAUCCUAGAAAUGGCAAUUAUCUCUGCGUUGCUGUUAUUUUUCGAGGUCGGAUGUCUACCAAAGAGGUCGAAGAACAACUUAGUGCCAUUCAACAAAGGAACUCUAUGUAUUUCGCUGACUGGAUACCGAAUAAUUUGAAAACAGCUGUUUGCGAUAUACCAAAUCGAGGUAUACCUAUGUCGGUUACGUUUAUUGGAAAUACCACCAGCGUACAAGAGGUAUUUAGGAGAAUUGCGAAUCAGUAUAACGCCAUGUAUCAGAGGAAAGCUUUUUUGCAUUGGUACACCGGAGAAGGAAUGGAAGAAGAAGAGUUCGCCAAAGCAGAAGGUAAUAUGCUAGAUUUAAUUUCCGAAUAUCAGCAAUACGAAGAAGCUAGCGGAGAUGAUGACGCCGAGUACGAAGAAGCUCCCAGGUUAACUUUAAGAGAAGGUCCGACGACUACUACCGACGCCUCAACAGCAGCUCCGAGCGAAAGGCCGGAAUCUACAACUACUGGCACUACUGCAUUAAGUUGAUUGAUGAUACGAUUUGUUGUUUUCAUUUUUUGUUGAGUAUUUCUAGCGAAUAAAUUUAAGUCGUUGCAAAUUGUUUGUGUUAGGUAGUUUUAAUGUACUUAUAUUGAAUAGGUAUAUGUAAAUUUGUUUUUAUAACCUUUGUUGAUUAAUUAUUGCUGUUCGUUCGUGGCUUAUAGUAAAAUAUGAUUGUCUGUUAGUUGAUUUUAUAGCAUACAUCAAAUCUGAAAUAUUGUUAAGAUUUUUUAAAGAUGAUUUGUUCGUUGUUUUUAAUCUGUAUUUUGUCCAAAUUUCUCGUACUAACAGAGUAAAUAUGUUUCGACUUUCGGGAAAACUUGCUCAAAUUAUUUUUUUUUUAAAUUUGUAUAGUAAGGUAAGAUUUUUAAAACUAAAUUGUAUGUGGUAUGGUAACAUAAGAAUUACGCAUAGUUGAGCUAUAAAUUGUUUUCGGGUUUCGAUGUUGAUUGUGCCGACGCAGUGACGCCCAAAAGAAAAAUAAAA